GUUUAGCUCCACGGCUGAGGGUCUACUCCUGACGACUGUCGCCGUGUUGAAAUUCCAGUGCUAACCAACUUUAGCCAGCCUGCUAACAUAUAAUUGGACGAAUUAGAAGAGCCUCAUGUGUUGCGUAGCCCUGCUUUAAGCGCGUCCAUGAUAACCUGCAAACAGACCGCAGUGUAAACAUUUGCCUCCAUGUUUGCUGUUGCGUGUGCAUCAGCUCCUGCCACCGGGACAUGGCCAGUUAGCCUGAACGCAGCAGCCGUUGGAUAAACGAAGCUGGCGAGCUAGCUGGAGGAGGAGAAAAAAACCCGUUCGGACCGGGGUGGCGGGGGGCGGCUUGUGAACAGGUUCGUCGCUCGGAGUAGGCGGAAAGCCGGAUGCUGUGACUGCCAUGAGUCCCGCAGGCUGCCCUCAUGUGAACAGCUUCAAAGUGGACAACUGGAAGCAGAACCUGAGGCUUAUUUAUCAGUGCUUCGUGUGGAGCGGUUCAGCUGAGACCAGAAAACGCAAGGCCAAGUCAUGCAUCUGUCACAUGUGCGGAGCCCACCUCAACAGACUCCACUCCUGCCUCUACUGUGUCUUCUUUGCCUGCUUCUCCAAAAAACACAUCCAUGAACACGCCAAGAGCAAAAGGCAUAACCUGGCUAUCGACCUGCUGUAUGGGGGAAUUUACUGCUUUAUGUGCCAAGACUACAUUUAUGACAAAGAGAUGGAGCAAAUGUCCAAAGAGGAGCAGAGGAAAUCCUGGAAAAUGCAAGGCAUUGGGGAAAAGUAUUCGACGUGGGAGCCCACCAAGAGGGAGCUGGAGCUGCUUCGCCACAAUCCCAAGAGGAGGAGAAUCACCUCCAACUGUACAAUUGGGCUGCGUGGUCUGAUCAACCUGGGCAACACUUGCUUCAUGAAUUGCAUCGUCCAGGCGCUGACGCACACGCCGCUGCUACGGGACUUCUUCCUGUCCGACCGACACAAAUGCGAGAUGCAGAGCAACUCGUGUCUAGUGUGCGAGAUGUCCCAACUCUUCCAGGAGUUCUACUCAGGCCACCGCUCCCCUCACAUCCCGUUUCGCCUCCUGCACCUGGUGUGGACCCACGCCCGCCACUUAGCCGGCUACGAGCAGCAGGACGCUCACGAGUUCCUCAUCGCGGCGUUGGACGUGCUGCACCGACACUGCAAAGAUGACAACGGGAAGAAAGCCAACAACCCAAACCACUGUAACUGCAUCAUUGACCAAAUCUUCACAGGGGGUCUGCAGUCUGACGUCACCUGCCAAGUGUGCCAUGGUGUUUCAACGACCAUUGAUCCAUUCUGGGACAUCAGCCUGGACCUACCCGGAUCAUCCACGCCUUUCUGGCCCCUCAGCCCCGGAGGAGAUGUUUCCACGUUAAACGGAGAGAGUCACACCACUGGAGCAACCACACUUAUGGACUGUCUGCGCAGGUUCACCAGACCGGAGCACCUGGGCAGCAGCGCUAAGAUCAAGUGCAGCGGAUGCCAUAGUUACCAGGAGUCCACCAAGCAGCUAACCAUGAAGAAGCUGCCCGUUGUGGCCUGCUUUCACCUAAAAAGGUUCGAACAUUCAGCCAAACUGCGGAGGAAGAUCACUACUUAUGUCUCAUUCCCACUGGAGCUGGACAUGACUCCCUUCAUGGCUUCUAGUAAGGAGAGCAGGAUGAACGGGCAGUACCAGCAGGCUGUGGAAACCUUCAACAAUGACAACAAGUACAGUUUGUUUGCCGUGGUGAACCACCAGGGGACACUAGAGAGCGGCCAUUACACCACCUUCAUCCGGCAGCAUAAGGACCAGUGGUUCAAGUGCGACGACGCCAUCAUCACCAAGGCUAGCAUCAAAGAUGUCCUGGACAGUGAAGGGUACCUGUUGUUUUAUCACAAACAGUUCCUGGAGUACGAGUAGGUUUCAGUUUCCAGGAGGAAUCCAACAGGGAGGAGGAAUUGGUUGGAUGGAGAAAGAGGCAAGGAGAUCAUGAGGCUCACUGUAAACAUGGAAGCUACUUUUCUAAACGCAGAGCCGGAUCCACCGUCUGCCCUGCAGGACAAAACAGAUUCAAAUGGUCUGAAAUAAAGACGAGCUGAAGGUUUCACUUGAGUUCAGGACACAAGGAGGGAAAAAAACUGACAGUCGGCUCAUCCUUCAUGUAAUGGACAAUAACCGUCUCCUAUUGGUCCGUGGAUGUAAAACUUCAGGAAGUUUUACUU